AUGGAUGACCCCCCGAUAAAGCCUCCCGUAUGUGAAUAUGUCAAGCGCAAUGAGGGGAUCGUUGCCGUGCCGGCCAAGAUCAUGUCCAUGGUGGGCCUGGAGCUGCUGGACCUCUCUCACAAUAAGAUCGAGAUGGUGCCCAAGGGCGUGCUGACGUGCCUUCCGAGGAUCAAGGUUCUGGAGCUGUCGCACAACAAUAUGAAAGCCCUGCCUGAUGACAUAGGCGAGCUCGGAUCCCUGGAGGUGCUCUCAGUGGGCCACAACCAGCUGGCGGCGCUGCCGGCUGCGCUGCUGGGGCUGGCGGGGCUGCGGGAGCUGGUGGCCGGCCACAACCUCAUCGCCGAGCUGGCUGGGCCCAUACACCUCAUGGAGAGCCUGCAGGUGCUGGACCUGUCCAGCAACCGCCUGCGCGCGCUGCCGCCCGACAUCGGGUGGCUGGCCGGGCUGCGCCAGCUCAACGUGAGCGGCAACCCUGAGCUGCGCAGCCCCUGCAAGGCGGUGCUGUCAAAGGGGCUGAAGGCGGUCAUGAGCUUCCUGCAGGUCGUGGGCGAGCAGCGCCGGAUGAUCGAGGCCCACAUGGCAUCCUUCACGGCGCCCCUGACCGCCCUCGCGGCGGCGCGCGGCCUCAACAUCACCGCCCCGGUGCAGAACGAGGCGGGCGCGCUGCUGCGGCUGCGGGCGGCGCAGCAGGCGGGCGUGCUUGGGCUGUCGAACUGCGGCCUGCUGCACAUCCCCGAGGCGGUCGCGUCGCUGGCGCCUGUGGUGCAGGUCAUGGACGCUUCCCGCAACAGGCUGCGCGCCGUGCCGGCGGACGUGUCUCUGCUGCAGCGGCUGGUGGUCCUAAACCUUGCACACAACAGCGUCGCGGCCCUCCCGGAUGGCUUCUCCUUGCCCCGCCUGGCGGCGCUCGACGUCUCCUGCAACUCCCUCCGCGCCCUGCCCCCCGACCUCGGCGCCCGCCUGCCGGCCCUGCGCCAGCUUUACGCGUCGUCCAACCGCCUGGAGUCCCUGCCAGACUCUCUGGCCCAGGCGCCCCUGCAGGAUCUGUUUGUGGGGGAGAACCCGAUCGGCGGGGGCGCAUUCCCCGGGGCCCUCGGGAAGUGCGGCCGGCUGGCGAAGCUGGGGCUGGCUGCCUGCGGGCUGAGGGGGGAGCUGCCGGCUGCAAUCGGCGGGAUGACGUCACUGAGGUGGGCGGGGUUUGGGGCGGAGGGGGGGGGGCUGGGCGGCUACACCACCGGCCGCGCCGAUCUCAUCACUCUGCUGCGCCAGCGCGCGCGCCCCUACCUAUUUUCAAACACCCUCGCCCCCGCCGUUGCGGGCGCGAGCCUGGCGGUGUUUGACAUCCUCUCAAAGAGCACUGAAUUGAGGGACAAGCUGGAGGCAAACACCAAGUACUUCCGUCAAAGGAUGACGUCAGCAGGCUUUGACCUGCGCCCCGGCAGCCACCCCAUCGUGCCCAUCAUGCUGGGCGACGCCGCCCUGGCCAGCACCAUGGCCGCCAAGAUGCUGGAGCGAGGGGUGUACGUGGUGGGCUUCAGCUACCCGGUGGUACCCAAGGGCAAGGCCCGCAUCCGCGUCCAGCUCAGCGCCGCCCACGAGACGCACCACAUUGACGCCGCAGUGGACGCGUUUGUGGCCGUCGGGCGCGAGCUCGGGGUCAUCAAAGGCUGA